AUGUCCCACGUGCGAACAGGGAACUCCCAUGUAUAUAUACAACUCUACGGUGCCAUUUUAUUUGUUUCAAUUGAAAGCAGAGCAGCCUUUGCAUCUUGGAAGAUAUUCAAGUUCCAUCCGACCGAUGACGAGCUUGUGGUCCAUUAUCUCUGCCCGAAAUGCGCCGGCCAGUCGAUUUCUGUUCCUAUUAUAGCCGAGCUUGAUCUCUAUAAGUUUGAUCCUUGGGAUCUUCCUGCUAUGGCUCUGUAUGGUGAAAAAGAGUGGUACUUCUUUUCUCCAAGAGACAGGAAGUACCCGAAUGGAUCCCGGCCUAACCGGGCAGCGGGAACCGGGUACUGGAAGGCCACCGGAGCCGACAAGCCGGUGGGGAAGCCGAAAACACUGGGAAUAAAGAAGGCUCUGGUGUUCUAUGCCGGAAAAGCUCCUAGAGGAGUCAAAACUAAUUGGAUUAUGCACGAGUAUCGCCUAGCUAACGUGGACCGGUCCGCCGGCAAGAGAAACAAUUUGAGGCUUGAUGAUUGGGUGUUAUGUCGAAUAUACAACAAGAAAGGCACUCUCGAGAAGCAUUACAAUGUCCAUCAGAAGAUGGUGGAAUUUUCAGACAGCGAAGAACAGAAACCGAACAUGGACUCGUUGCAAUAUAGUAUAGUAAAAUCAGCUCAACAGGUUCAACCACCACGGCCUAUGGCACCGCAGAUGAUGAACCAGAAUGACUAUAUGCAAUUCGACACAUCCGAGUCAGUUCCCAAGUUGCACACAGAUUCAAGUAGUUCCGAGCACGUGUUAUCGCCCGAGGUCGAAAGUGCACCCAAAUGGAGUGAGUUUGAACAAUCCCUUGAUAAUCAGCUCAACUACAUGGAUGGCUUUCAAGAUGACCCUUUUAGCACCCAACUGCAGUAUAAUGAUCAGCUCUAUCUGUUUCAAGAUAUGUUCACAUACAUGCAAAAGCCCUUUUAA